GCAGACACACGCAUUAACAACCGUCACGCCGAUUGAACUGCGUUUUUGAGGAAGGCACGUAGACGGAAAAAAAAAGGUGUCUAUUCGGAUAGUGGAAUGUUUUGGUGAGUUUUUGCUUUGACUUGUGGAGAAAGCAGCGUUACUUUGCUCUGUGCGCCAUGGGCGGUCCAGACUGAGCAGCCCUCCAGUCAGACGACACCGAGAUUUUUCCCUGCACGGGAGAGGAAUCAGAGAGCUGUUUUUUGUUGUUGUUGUUGUUGGGGGGAAAUCGAAGAAUAUUACGUUAGUUGGAAGCUGUACGACGGGUUUUGUGAUGAAUCUUCAGGCGCAUGAAGAGAUUGCCAUGGUCCACUUGGAUGGGACUGCGCCUGCUGCAGUGGGCAAUGCUUUUUGGCUCCAACUUGUACACGGCGGUUCUUUUUGCAGCAAACGCAUGGACGGGGAAUCUUGAAUUUCGGAUUGUACGAAAAUCCAUCGAGUCAUCCUAAAGUGGAGGUAAUUGUGCGGUGGUGUUCGGGCAUAUAUGCACAUUUGAACCGGACUGCACACCAGCUCCAGGAGAGCAAACGGGGCCAGGUGCGCUCAGAUUCGGCUUCUGAAUUAGGACGGUACCUGUUAGUGGACAUGCGGAUCCGAAUCCAUUAACUGGACUUGACAGAUACGCGGAUAUGGGCUCUGCUCUGCAACGUCGUUGGAUAGUACUCCAACUGCUGAUGCAGGUGUGGCUAGUAGCAAGCCCAGCUCAAACAGAGCGUCCAUGCCCAAAAAGCUGUCGCUGUGAUGGAAAAAUUGUGUACUGUGAGUCAAGUGCAUUUCGUGAUGUCCCCAAGAACCUCUCAGGAGGUUGUGAAGGUCUGUCGUUAAGGUACAACAGCCUCAUGAACCUUCGAGCUGGCCAGUUUGUUGGCCUGAACCACCUGAUCUGGCUUUAUUUAGACCACAAUUACAUCACAUCUGUAGAUGGGAUGGCGUUCCAGGGAGUUCGCAGGCUAAAAGAACUGAUCUUGAGCUCCAACAAGAUCACAUCACUUCACAACACCACAUUCCAUCCUGUGCCCAAUUUGCGUAACCUUGAUCUGUCAUACAACAAACUGGAAGCGUUGCAACCAGGGCAGUUUCAAGGACUACGGAAGCUUCUUAGUCUUCACAUACGCUCAAAUUCACUAAAGAUCCUUCCAUUGCGUCUCUUCCAAGAUUGCAGAAAUCUUGAAUUUCUUGAUCUGGGUUACAACCGCUUGCGAAGUAUCACUCGGAAUGCACUUUCAGGCUUAGUCAAGCUCACAGAGUUACACCUGGAACAUAACCAAUUCUCAAAGAUAAAUUUUUCACAUUUCCCCCGUCUCUACAAUUUGCGGGCACUUUACCUACAGUGGAAUCGCAUUCGCUCCAUGAGCCAGGGCCUAACCUGGAUUUGGGCUUCCAUCCAAAAACUUGAUUUGUCUGGGAACGAUCUAUCAGAACUAGAUGCUGCCAUUUACCAGUACUUACCCAACCUGCAAACCCUAAAUCUGGACUCCAACAAGUUGACCAAUGUGUCCCAAGAGGCGGUUGAUGCCUGGGUUUCUGUCACCACAAUUAGCUUGGCUGGAAAUGUUUGGGACUGUGGCCCAGCCAUUUGUCCUCUUGUUUCUUGGCUGAGAAAAUUUAGGGGAGCAAAGGAAACAACUAUGAUAUGUGCCUCUCCAAAGAAAGCCCAAGGUGAGAAAGUGAUGGAUGCUGUUGAAGCUUUUGGUGUUUGUCAAUCGAACCAAGUGACAAUGCUAACCGUAAGCAUUCCUCCCACUCCAUCCAAUGUCUCUGACCAGCCUGAACAACAUCCAGCAAUUUUGGCUUCACCCACUCGUUCUGGAAAGAGAGCAGAAGGCUCUAUCAGGGGCCCAACUUCAUCAGCUGUUACCCAGCCAGUGGCACUUCCCCCAGAUCAAGACUUGGAGCCUGUGUCCUUCCAUAAGAUUGUUGCAGGAAGUGUUGCCCUUUUUCUAUCUGUUGCGAUGAUCCUAUUGGUGAUCUACGUGUCAUGGAAACGCUAUCCUAGCAGUGUCAAGCAACUGCAGGAGAAUACAUCGACGGCUCGCAAACGGCGCAAGAAGUCAAAGGAAACAGAACGCACCUUGAGUUCUCCCCUGCAGGAGUACUAUGUGGACUAUAAACCCAACAAUUCAGAGGCCAUGGAUGUGCUUGUCAAUGGGACCGGAACCUGCACUUACACCAUUUCAGGCUCCCGAGAAUGCGAGGUUCCCCAUCAGAUGGGUGCACUGACCUUCUACCGAUACGAGCAGCCGAUUGUAGACUACUGCCAAGCCCAUCAACCCCUGCGGCUAAACAUGGGCUAUGAGGGCCCCCGUCAGGGUCAUGAGGGCCUGGAAGACCUAGGGGCCUGUGAGAGGGGCACUAUACAGACAGUGGCACUCCCAGCCGUGCCCACCGCUACCACCAUAGGGCCCUCAGUGCCAGGGCCUCGUUCUCCUCCAGCAGCACUCAGGCCAACGACUGAGGCUCCCAGCGGCAGUCUUCCCACUGAGCGCACAGGCACACUUAAAUUUGGACGCUAGUGAGAUGGACAUGGGUCUCUGAUGAAUUGUGACUUGAAAAUGAUGGGGCAGCUGAGCUGGUGAUUGACCUUGCGUUUGGAACAUGAGUAUGAACAUUAGAAAUUAGAGGAGAUGUUUUGGUAUCAAUACACACAAUCUGAGCAAAUACAGACUACACAUUCUAGGACAACACAUUAUUUGAUGGAUUAUUUUCCAGAACAGCUAAUUGAAAAUGGUCUGAGAUAGGUUAAACACAAUACUAUUAUUAUUAUUUUAAUUUUUAUUUAUUAUUUUUGCCAUUUCAACAUAAUGAGCUAUGCUUUCAAUAAAUUAUGGAAGUGCAUGUGCUCUGACUUUGGGAUGACAAACAGAAAGGAUCUCACACACAAAAGGAGUUAGAUUUCAUGUGAUGAGAAGGGUGUUUAACUGUGAUUUCUAUUAUAAUUUACAUUCAUCAAUUUUCCACAGAUGCAAAUUUCUAUAAUUAUUUUAUGAAGACGAGUCCGCUCUCUCUGUCACGAUGGAUAAUUACACUGAGUUCGUCUUUGCUUUGUUUGACUUUUAUUUUGGAUGUGGGAUAUGAUUAAAUACGUUGAUAUACAUAUCAAACCAAAGAGGUCUUUUUUUUUCUUUUCAUUUAACUGCAUGCACGCUGAGGGCAUUCUUAAAAUUCACUGAACAAACAUCUUUGAUAACUUACAUUAUUAGAUACCCAACGAAGUGUCUUUGAGGUUGUUUGUAACAAAUUGUCAUAGUAAUGAGAUAAUUAUGAAUUGGUGUUCAUCAUGUUACUGUCUAUGCUGUCUGGUCCUAAAACCGUUCUACAGCAACACCCACAGACACACUUGUAUACGAGCUUUUUGGGCAUGCUCCAUAUUUAAACAUACAAGGUCCUGUUAAAAGAAUGGCAGAAAUUUGUAGUCAAGUGUAGCCCAACAAUUUGCUAAAUCUAUGUGCAAAUAUGAUUUCCAAGUAUUGUACAUAUCAUUGAAGAGUUCCACUGACCGCUCUCACUGCCCCAUUUUGAAUCAUGUCGGACUUUGAUCAGAUGAGGAGAGCAUCAUCUCUGACCAUGUUACUCCCUGCAUCUCCGCCCACCACAGUGCAAACCAGUGCCUCGUGGGGGCAUGUUGAAUCAUCAUGUUGACAUGGGCUUGACCUGUGGAUGAAUCCACAGUGCGGAAUUGGGAAUAAUGCCUGACAUUUCCCUAUUGUCCAAUACGUGACAUCAUGGCUCCCUGUAAACUUUUGGCGAACGUGGAAAGCAUUGCUUAUGACGUAUGGCACAAGAAAAGAUACAUAGCAAGGAAUGCACAGGGAUAUUUUUUUUGUUUUGUUUCCACAUGCAAGUGAUGAUACACCUGGAGAUAUUGGAACUGUUCUUGGUUCUCUCACCAGAUUAAACUGAACAAACUGUGAGACCGACAUUUCCCACACGGAACGGUCAUCAAGAUAAGAAACUGGGUUACUAUUUAUCUUUUAUUUUUGUUUGUUGUCAUGAACAAAAGAGACACGUUUGAGGUGUGCAAUGAUGAUGUCAAAGACAUUCUAGAGACGUAACAAAGGUCAAAAUCAAAUAGAACUUAUUUAUCAUGUAAAUAGAAAAUCUUUUAAGAUAACGAAGAAAAUGACUUUCUGCUGAAACAUCUUGUGAACAGAGGAGGAGCCUUAUUCAUUUUCCAGUGUGGGAUCUAUGUGUUAUAAAGUUGAAACUGUACUGCUCCUGUUUCAAUGAUAAAUAUUUUUCUAUUUGCUCCAAUAACUAUACCAUGCGGCUGUUAAACACUAAGUGGUUUCUGUCAUCCAGUCAUCUCACAAAACUACAUGAUGGAAGAAAAUUUGAGAGCCCUAUUGUUGUGAUGUAUCCAUAUUUUUCUGUUUCAUCUCAUUGGCCAUAUGAAUUGCCUUGAGUUUUAGCAUACAACUGGUUGGAAUCACUGUAUACCAGUAUUUCUUUCUUUAUUAUGUUUUUACUUUGUGUUUAAACAAAUCCAAUCCCUAGAACCGCAAAUAUUCACAAGGUCUUCACAAUUUCACAAAAAAAUAAAGGGCUUAGCCUCCCUUGAUGUACAGUACAUUGCAUAAAAAAGAAAUGCAGUUGGUUCGCUUAGUACAGUUGCUUCAUAGUGCUGGUGGACUUUCCUUUGUAAAAGCAGCUGUACCAAUAUAUUAGAAGCGCUCUCAGUUCUGUUCAUACAGUAUAUGUCUGCCUUGCUCUAUAGGAAUCCUGCUCAAUCCUGACUUUAUGUCUGCCCCCUGUUGACCCGGGGAUACCUGAUUAAUGAUUUAUCCCUGCAUGCUAAUACCUGGGCUGUAUCUUAUUGUUGGAAAUGGACAGUACAGGCGAUACCUGUCUGAGAAGUACAUGUUAGGGGCUGGACUGUUUUUGAGAGACCUAUUCCAACCCCUAAUGUAGUACUUCCUGUCUGGUUCAUUAAGGUUAUUUAGCCUCAUGCCAGACCUUGGUACCUUUGUAGGUAUUGCCUUCUGUGGUUCAUAUUGCAACAUAUCACUCUGCAACAAUGGCAGCAGCCAUGCUUUACCACUUUGUUCUGACCAGAACAAAAGCACGGUAACAAAAAAGUGGUGAGAAAGUACAGCUGCACUGUCCACAAGGACAGGGUUUUCACCGUGUUUUGGCCUUUCAUGCGCACUGCUGUUUUAUGUUUGAAGAAAAAUGCUAUUGCUUUUUGGGUGGAUAUUUUCAAAAACAGUAUUUUGCAUUUGUGUGCAGAGGGGGAAAUAUUAUUUUUACAAUAGAACAUGUUUAAUCCAACCAUCGCAGCGACUUUUCCUUUUCCAGGGUAAUGAUUGGAUAAAUAGCGCUCAAGAGCUGGCAAAUGUGUUUCCAGGUAUAUUUGUUUUUAAAUGCUGUCGUGUGUGUGGAUUUUAUUUUUUAGAUUGGAAGAUUGUUUUAAAUGCCCAUUUACAUGCUGAGAGAAUUAUCUUAUUCAUGCUAGUUAACCAAGGAAAAAGCUUGUUUAUGGAGUAUCCCCGUUUACAAUAUAGCUCCUCCAGCAAACCAGUCCAGUCAAACACCGAUCACCCACUGAACCGUUAACUAAAGCAGCAAUAAACUUUCAUAUUUUUUUAUUUUUAGAUUACUUUCAUUCUGGUUCAUUGACAGUAAUCCAAGAUGAUUUUAAGGAAGUUUCAUUAACACCAGAACAACUCAUACAGUGAUAAUUCCAAAUAAAAUCUUCAAUCGACAGAUGCAUAUGCUGACAGGUUGAAAAAUACAUUAAAUUUAACAUGAUACCAAACAACAAUCUUUUCUAGGGGUCCCUAAAUUUUUGUCCAGGCCAGUUGAAUUUGACUUUUUUAUUAUUUAUUUUAUUUUUAUUUUUUUAUUAUUAUAAUUAUCAUUCUAUUGGGCCACUAAAACAAAGUAAUGUUUGUUUUCAAUUAUUUCUUUUUUAGUGAUGUUUAUUUCUUCUUAUUUUCAUUCGUGCCACAUUAUUUCAGUGAGUUCAGUGCAGGUUUUUGUUUCUUUAAUAGAAUGGCAACAAUCUGCACUUAAAUUUAAAUUGGUACUCAUUGUGCCAAGAUUGUACAACACAGUCUUGCUGGUAGUAAUUAUUUUUUACUUUGUUAUUGUCCAUUUCUUUCACCAUUAAGUGGGAUGCCAAGGCUCUGCAUGCUAAAUGAUGCAUGUUCUAGCUGAAGUUGAAGUCUGUCUGUGCUAUCCCCACGACGCCAACAGGUUUUAUUUUCUGUCUCUUUCAUUUGUGUUUGUUUAGGAUUUAGUACACAACAAGCUUCCAACACCCCCUCAUUCCUACUGGGUGCUUUUGCUUCAUUUGUUCUAUGUUAUUGUUCUCUCUCUCGCUCUCGCUUUUUUAAAAACUAUUUUGUUUGUGGUGGGGUGAUUUAAAAAAAAAACAGGCCAGAAGAUUGUAGUAAAAAUUUUGAAAUAUUGCUGUGCUAAUGCUCCAAGGAAGAGCUAAAUGCAAAUCUCUCAAGGGAAAGGGAAAACAGCAGAGAUCAGUUUGUAAACCAGAAACAGUGUAAAAUUGGGGGGACAAAUUUGUAAGCGCAAGUACAUUUAUUCUGACACAAUGAAAGCUUUUGUUACAUUCCUGAACAUCUCAGGCAGGUUUAUUCGCAGUGUACUAAAAGGAUACAAACUGCUUCAGACUCGCACACAGCUUAGCACACAUAUAUGGCAAGCAAAGGGAAUUCUUGAAUUGUCUGCAUUCUGUAAACUGUUUAUUAUAUGCAUGCUCACGUACAAACAAUUGCAAAGAGCCACCUAAUGUGAAUGUUAACCACACUAUCAAGAAUCCACUUUGAUUUCUCAGCCUCCAACAGGAGAUAGCCUCAAACAUAAAACUAAACACAAGUGCACGCUUAAAAUGACUAUAGCUCUUGAUGCACCCAUCAGUUUGAGUUCAACAAAGGCAAUUUGUGAUGGUUUGGUAAUUUCUAAUCCAUUACCUAAUGAAUAGAUUUGAGAAAUCAUUAUUUGAUUAAAAUAAAUAUGCCCAAGCCCCUUACUAACACCACAAAUAGAAUUCAGUAUGCAAACUUACAUUUCUUACAUUACAGCGUUGUACAAAGUGGUGAACGGCUAUGUUGAAAGCUGAAACAGAUGUGUAAUUACAAGAUAGCUGUACUCUGCAUGUAAUAAAUAAUGGGCCUGAGUGUACGUGCGCCUAGAGCCUCCUGUACUCCUCAACCUCCCUUUACCCAAUGUCACUUACUGGUCCCAAUUGAUUGUUAUUGUCCACUGCUGUUUUACAUGAGCAAAAGGUCUUUAACCUGUGACCCAUAUUGUCCUGACUGUUCUUUUUCUUCCAUUGCUUAUGCCAGAGGGCACGUAGGAUAGCAAGACGUGAUCAUUAACCUUUGUCAGGGAAACACGUUUUCAUUUGCUCGACAAAGCCCGUUUACGCCCCUAAUUGUAUUUAAUGUGGAGAGUGAAGAAAGUAAGGUUUGAAUUUAAACAAGCAACAUUUUAUUCCUGCAUUUAAUUCGUCAUGACAGUGAGAGAGAACAAAGAGGGGAGCUGACAGAAAGCAAUACCAGAAUAAGUAUUUGUUUCCAUGCAGGCCCAAAGCACUUUCCCUUUAUUUCCCAGCCUCCUACUGUAAAUGUGCAAAACAAUAGAAUCCCUGCUGUCUCCCUCCCAUCCAGUUUCUGCAGAGCAUUGAUUUCUGUAUGGUGUAAAUACGUGCAGCAUUGUUUUCUUUGGUAGUUGCUAUGUUGUUUAUGGUUUUUGCUUUUGUUUUUUUCCUCUCUCAUUUGGACUUUUGCUUUUAUUGUACUCAGACCUAAAGCAUUUUUGUGGAGACCUGGUCCAAGUGCAACCAUAAGGCUGUUUGAGUAAAUUAUUGUCAGAAAAUGUUUUGUAAAAAUUUUGAUGAUGAUUAAAAAAAUAA